AUGACUUCUAGUGGCAAAGCAGAAAACACAAGUCUAUGUGCAAGGGGUUGCGGUUUCUAUGGAAACCCAAGCAAUCACAACCUUUGUUCCCAAUGCUACAAAGCUUUUCUGAAAGAAGAAGAAGCCAAGAAUGUGAUAGCCUUAUCGGAGAAGAUAUCGUCUCUUACUGUUGAUGAUUCUGAUUCUGCUACAACUGGGAACGUUGGUUUGAUGAUGAAGAAGCAAAGAUGCAUGAUUUGCAAGAAAAAAUUGGGAUUAAUAAGUUUCAAUUGUCGGUGUGGAGGAAUGUUUUGUGGAGUUCAUAGGUAUCCAGAGGAACAUACAUGCAAUUUUGAUUUUAAGUCUAGAGGCCGUGUGAUUUUGGCCAAGGAAAAUCCUCUCUGCAAAGCUGAUAAACUUGAGACUAGGAUCUAA